AUGUCGUACAUAUUCCUGUUUGAGGUCAUCGUGGACGAUUUGAACAUAUUUUCGGACACGCGAAAUUCGGCCACCGAGGGGCUCGAUGAUGACGAAACAAAAACCCCGCGAAGGAAUGAACUGUGCGUUCGGUUGCAGCUUUCUGGUCUGGUUCGGUGUGAAGUCUGCGAGAAGGAUUUCGGCUCAGCGCUGGACUUCGAAGUGCGCAAGACGGGAGAGAAUUGCCUGUUUGCGUACAAUCCUACCAUCGAGAUGGCGGAGGAACCGGAACUACGCAUUUCAGCGCAUCAGAAAGGACCGGAUGGGACUAAAAAGCUACUCGGGGGAUGGAAAGGACCCGGUCGCGAUUUGUUGACUGAGCUAGCUCAGUCGUAUGACCUUGAAAAUGGAACGCAGGUUGAAGGCUCUGGUUCCAAAGAGUCGGUCAAAUCGAACGAAUCCAACGAUGACACACGCGGUAAACCGGUGUCCAACACUUUGAAGACGAUGUACCCGCUCGAGAGCGAACCUGAUCACACAAUUGUGGGCUUUGUGGUGAUCACCAUACGGAUGUCCUGCCUUGGACCGAACAUCCACCAGAAGGUGCUGUUUGGAGGACGAGACGCUCAACAGCCACCGGUGACUUGCUACAAGGUGGAAGGUGAACCCAUAAUACAGUGUGUUACGGUGGAAGACCACGAUGAUGAUCAGCUCGUUGCUCCAAAAGGAAGCUUGGCGAGUAUCGUAGGUACGGCUAUUGAGCCUGAGGAGCAACCGUACGAUGAGUACGCUGCGGAAUUGAACGGAAACGCCAUCUGCAUCCGCGUGGAGAAGGACGCCAACAUUGCGGUCAAUUUGGAUGGCGAGCAGAGCGACGAAUGCACGAAAGGAUGUUGGACAUCACUCACCCUCCCAGAUGGCGUGUAUGGACUAAAAGAGGAGUACAUCCGCCACGAGGCAAACGGCUGCAAGUUGCCGGUCGUACGUGGUACUCUCAAGUACCCGGCGUACCACUGGUCCGGUGACUUCAUGCUCGCCAAGAAAACCACUCCCGUCUCAGUGGAUGACUUCCGGCGAAAGCCUGACCCAACGCGUACCGUCGCCUUGCAGGCUCACAGUGAACAGGUAGAGCGUGAUUGCGCUGGCAUUGAAAUCUGUCGCCGAGGCUGGCAUGACCCUAACGUGGAUGUAUUCGUGUUGAAGCUGGGCAAGAACAAACGUCCCUCCGAGGAAGCCAGCGGUAAUCGAUGCAAUCAGGUCGAGAUUGAGUUGCGAACACCUCGAGGACCCUCGCGGGAAAUUCGCCCCAAAGAAACGCGCGGCGUGCAGGUGAUCGAGGAAGAGUUCGAACCGGCAGGACCACCACGACCUGGCCCGGUGACCGAUGACGCAGGCAAGAAGCCAAAACCAGCCGGCAAAAAAGGCAAAAAGAAGUAG